AUGGCGCCCAUCCAGAUACCCCUCGAUGCCUUGACAUCACGCUUCAACUUCGGCGAUAGGUUCAGUGCUGUUCGCGCGCAAUCGUUCUCCUCGCGCUUUGCUAAUCUCAAACCUAUCUCGGAGUUCUUCGAUUUCAAGAGGGUGUCGAAGCCUGCUAAUUUCAGUGAAAUGCAAAGCCGCCUGAACUACAACCUCAGCUACUUCUCCAGCAACUACAUCGUCGUGUUCAUCAUGCUCAGCAUCUACAGCUUGCUGACGAAUCUGCUGCUCCUGUUCGUCAUUCUUCUCGUAAUCGGCGGUACGUAUGGGAUUGGCAAGCUCGAGGGCCGGGAUCUUGACGUCGGUGUCUUCAGAGCGACAACCUCUCAGCUCUACACCGGCUUGUUGAUCGUUGCUGUCCCGCUUGGCCUCUGGGCCUCGCCGAUCGGUGGUCGGCCGCGAACUCCUUAUGAUAUGCCCCAAUGGGGAAGACCGCCGGGGGCACGAAUGGGGAGGAGCAAAAAGGGUAAGAAGAAUCGUGUGGACCGGUUGGAGGGUGAUGGUGAUGAUAGCGGGAGUGAAGACGGUGUGCCCCUACAGCCGAGCGUUGCUCUCGGUCGACAACAGAUGAAUCAUCUCCGAUUGGCCGUGCCUGUGGAUAUGAUGAAUGGACUGCCGAUGGAAAGUGAUGGAGAGAGCUCGGACGACGAACAUGACGAAUAUGCACUUAAUGAAGCUUAUCAAGACAGCACUCUGGCAUAUGCCAUGCAGCUUGCGAUGAAGGACAGGGACGAUCGCCUGGUGGAGAGAGCACUGGAGCGAAUCAGGUACGCACAAACAUUCGGUAAAUCUAAAGUCAAGCUUUCUCAGCGUGAACUUGAGGCAUUGGAGAGGCGGCGGAUGCAGAGCGAGAUGGUAAACGGAUCGCGGGGCAGUAAAUCCGCCCGGGUCAACGGCAGAAAUAUGUUGCCCCCGGUUGUCCUACCUGCGCAAUCCAAUGGAAGGUGGUCUCAAGAGGCGGCUUUUUCGUCUGCAACCGAUACCGCGUCUGGAUACCAUAUGCCUACUUUGCAAGCACCGCAAGCCCGCCCCAGGACACCCACGCAAACGCUACGUAUGCAUCAGCCAAAUACAUCACCUCGAAUACCUGGCGCAUAUAAUUUUCAGGAUGAUCCGUCCGGUCGUCCCCCGUCAUCCGGGAAGACUCAGCCUCUCCCGCGGCCUCUUCCUGACGACCCGGACUGGGUGCCACGCUCAAGAUCGUCAUCAAAUGCCAUUCCAAUGUCCACUUCUACCUAUGUUUCAUAUUCGCCAGCACAAGUCAUGGGCUUCGACCCACGGUAUUCCAUGUCUACCAGCCCUGACUAUAAUAUGAGCACGGCACCGGAUUCCAUGUAUCAGCCGGUAUAUCGACCUUCGUCCCGUCAAUCAUACAUCGACCCCGCCGCAUACAAUCACGUCGUCUUGCCGCCAGCCCCUAGGGCUAAUCCGGUCCGACAUCCUAGCAGCGGCAGUAACGCCAGCAGCAGUGAUAACGGUGUCCAGGUUGAGGCGCCCAAAGAGCCCCCCGAAGCCAACGGCUCCAAGACAAACGGCGUAUCCAAAGGAAAAGCGACCCGUGGCAGACGAACACGCAAAUGAUUGGAUGCUUAAUUAACUGUGCUCCUUGAUCUCCAUUGUGACCUUAGUUAACUUCUUUUUAAAUUAUUUGGGCGAUAUCUGUGGGAGUUUACUCGGCAAGUGAAUAGACUAUGGAAUGGCUUUUUUUUUUUUUUCCCCUACGCUUCCUUUUCCUUUUCCUUUCUUGUUUUCUUUUUUGUGUUCGCUUUUCUAUCUGGCAUGGUGUAGAUCGUGGUCGGCCUGAUUCGAACCUUUCCUUUUUCUUUUUCUCAUUUACAUUCUUCAGGCAGUAUUACUUACAGGUUACUGAAUAUAUUUAAUUAGAGGCUCACA